AUGAGGGAGGUGGUCAUUGAUCCCACAGGGGACGUUACUCUUGUCGUCUCACCUCCGGAAAAGGCACCUGCCUAUGCCCCAGGCACUGCCACGACGGCUACCACCCAACCCCAACGCUUCCGCGUGUCGUCCCACAACCUGAUCGCAGGAUCCAAGUUCUUCGAAACAUUGCUGACGAUCCCCGGCUCGGAGGGCGAGGGGCUCCGCGUGGAUGGCACAACGGUCCUCCGCAUCCCCGAUACCGCCCCGAGCAUGUUUACGAUCCUGCUGGUCCUCUUGUACUCCCCGCCACGUGAGGUGGCUCAGCCGAUGGACCUCGAGUCAAUCACCCUUCUCGCUGUCCAGGCAUACUACUUCCAAUGCGAGAAGGUCUUACAGCAUCCUUCCGCGCAACGGUCCCUUCACCGCCUGUUGGAACUACUCUACAAAAACGCGAUGGAUCCGCGCGGGCUCUUCGUGGCCUGGAUGUAUCGGAACGCGGAGAAGUUUAAGGAAUUUACCUACUCCCACCUGCGCCAUGGUCAAGGGGACCUUGAAACUCGCCAGCUCCCGUUUCCAAAAAAUAUAGUGUUCACGAUAAAUCAUUACAGAAGAGGCGCUAUCUUGCGUAUCAUGCGAGCCUUGUGCAGCCGUGUGCAUAAGCUACAAGAUAACACCCUUUGCUGUUACAUGUGCGACUCGUUCCAGCUGGGCGUGCUGGUCCGGGAGCUGGAUACUCUGCGCCUCUGUCCGGCGUGCAUACGGGGCGAAGAUCUCCCUUAUCAGACACAUUCAAUUGACCAGCUUCUCAAGUUUCUCGAUCGGCUCAAGAAUCAACCGUGUAUUCGUCGUGACGCUAAUGGAGCCUUAUCUAACCCGUCUGGGGUCUGUGCGGCUCAUUGGAACCAGUCUGAGAUCGAGGAGCUCCUUUCGCAGGAAAGGUCUAAUCUGAAAGGACUGGAACUGGAGUGGUUUGAGGGUAGUUAUGCAUGGUGA